UGCACUUCAUACGCCAGUUACAUGCAACAAACAAAGCUAUAUAUAUUGACCAAACCUUUGAAUCUCAUGUAGCGAGCCUCCCGAAAAUCCAAACCCAUUUCCACCCCCUGGUUCCUUCUAACGUCCCAAGAAUAAGGACAAAAAAAUAUAACAAAAAAAAAAAAAGAAAAGAAAGAAAAGAUGCUGAAAGCGGUGGCGCCACUGUUCAACCGUCACAACAACAGGCACUCCUCGCGCCCCUUCAAAGACUACUACAACGAGUGGUUCAGCACUCUUAAGCACAACCUCCUCCCACUCCUCCGCCGCUCCAUCUCCGGCGACUCCCUCACCGUCCUCUCCACCCACGUGGAGCUCAUCCACCAGCACUUCCACUCCUUCUAUUACACCCUCGACUCAGCCGCCACCUCCGACCCCUCCCUCCUCCUCAACCAAGACUGGCGCAACUCCCUCGAGAAGCCCCUCCUCUGGCUCGGCGACCUCACCCCCUUCCUCUUCACCAACCUCGCCCGCUCCUUCCUCGAUGAAUUCCAAGACUCCGAUUCUAACCCAAGCUCUAACCCCAACCCUAACCCUAAUUAUUCCUCUUCUCCUCCUUUAAUCCCCGAUCUUCGGGAAUCUUUCGAUCCCUACGACCGUCCAUGGCAGGUCGCUAUGGCGUGGCGAAACGCUUCCGAGGCCUUAACCACUCGCAUGGACCAAAUCGAGUGUGGGUUGCGCGUCAUUGUUCCCACCCUCACGGAACGAAUGCGAUGUGCAGAGGCUACAUUUGUUGACCGCGUGGUCAACGAUUGGUUUAGGUGUAGGGAUAGUAAGGGCGCUGCGAUGGUUGCUGUUGGUGCUGACGUCAAGGCUCACAUGGAAGAAGUUGUGAGUGUGUUUCUUUAUGCCAAUAGACUUAGGAGAAGCGUUCUUGUGGAUAUUAUUAGUGCUACCACUGUUUACCAAGCUGCUUUGUUUCUUGAGGCCUUGGCUCAGUUUCUAAUUGGGUUUAGGAAUCAUGAUUUGCUCCAUGCUGUGGAGCUCAGCAACAACGUCAAUAAUAAUGCUGCUGCCAAAGAAUGUCGACCUUGGUGUCACUGAUAUGAUUAACAGAAUAUGAAUAUCAUCAGCCAUUGUAUGUUGAAGUUGAUGGUAACUGUGUUUAGGCAAUGUUCUGUUCUGUGUUUCUUUCGUUCUUUGAUUGUUAAAGUUGCUAUUGAUGUGCAAUUACGUUACUGUAUUUGGUUUUGAUCUCGACUGAAAGAUGUCGGGACUUGUGAAUUCUUCAUUUUUGAGUUUUAAGGGAAAGGAUAUGUAGAGAUCAGAGUGGUUUAAUUCUGAUAUUCAAUCUAGCAGUAGUGUUUGUCCUUACUAUUAAUUUGAUUUAGUAGGGUCAGCUGACUUAGCAUUUGAGUG